AUGAUCCUAGCCUUUGUAUAAUAUCCUUCCAUUGAUUUACCAAUUAAAUAGUUGGGGGAUUUAGAAUAAUUUAUGAAAGAGAAGUUCCUCUGGUCAUAAAGAUCACUGAGUAGAGAAUACUUUAGAUGGUUGGACAAGAAGUUGGCUCAAGAGAAUCAAUUACAUUUAAAAUUUUGUUAUAAAGUUGAUCUACAAAAUUUUGAAGAAUUAAAGAAAGAGUUAAAACUGAAGAUAAACUUCUCAGACUAUGCUACAAUGCUUAUUAAGAUGCUUAACAACUGCAUAAAGGAUUAGAAUAUAUAUUAACUAGCUCAGUUUUAAAAUAAACUGACAAACUAAAGAUUAACAGAGCUUGCCAAGAUUAUCAAGUUAAAAAACCCCUCACUUCUAAAUCAAAUAUAGAAAGUUGGCGACACAACUAAGUCUUAAUAAUAUUUAAGAACAAAUCAACCUCUUUAAACAUAUGGUACCCAAUAACUAAAUUAAUCUUCUCAGUCUUAACUUAAGCAGCACAGUACUCAAACUAAUAAAUAAACUUAGCAGAUCUAGAAUAAAUCCUGA